AUGGGCUGCGGCGAGAGCAAACCGGACGAGCUGGAAGAGGAGCAGAGAGAGCAGCUCGCGCAGGAGAGGCAGCUGAUGCCGGAAAAGCAGCCGGUCGGCAAGCUCGAUCUUGACAGACGAUGCCGAGGGCUAUGCUGCCGGCAGACUAAGGCCGAGGACGAGCAUUUGCUCCGCACCGAGUUCCUGCGCGCCGACGGCUCCGAGGCGGUGCUGCCCAAACUCCUCCGCCGGCAAGAGCUGGAGCGGAUGGAGGAGGAGCGACGCAUCCGCAUCUUCCUCACGCCGAAGGAGGCUGUUGCGGCGCUGCGCUCGCUGAGCCGCGAAGUCGCCGGGCUUACUUACGGCUGGGCCACGCCGGACCACCCCGACGUGACCGGAGAGUAUCUGGCCAACGUGCGGCGCUUCCUGCGCCACCCGCUCGGCGAGCACGUCAUCGAGAUCGACGGCGAGGGGCCCCGUGUGGCGGAGAUGGAAGACCGCGCCGACGAGGGGGUGGGGCCGCGGAACAAGCGCGUGAUCGCCGCGAUCCACGAGGCCGCCUUCACGGGCAAGGGCGCGACAAGCUGUCUUCUCCCGCGCAUCUGA